GCCUUCGCCGCGCGUGCGUAGUAGCCGGCAACCUGUCAGCGCCCGGCCCGUGGCGCCCGUUUGCCGUUGCUGUGGCAGCCGAGGGGCCCUGCGGGAGGCCCUGGCUGCGAGGCCUGCCGGAGGGACGGAGCCUUCCGGGAACACGAGCGGCAGCUCGGCCGCUUUCUCCUCGUCGUCGCCUUCCCCCUCCCCGCCGCAGCCGCUCACGCUGCUGGUGAUGCAGCCCUGCGGCGGGGACGGGGAGGCGGUGGGCGCCUUGCUGCAGCCCCAGGUGGUGCGGCAGCCGCCGCAGCAGCAGCCGCCGUCGCGGGGGGCCUCGGAGGCGCCCUCGGGCCUCAUGGUCUUCUACGAGCUGGGCCCGGCGGCGGCGGGCGACGCGGACGGCGACGGGGGCGGAGGCGACAGCGCCGGCAGCCCCGGCGGAGGCCUGGAGGAUCUGGACGACGAGGAGGAGGGCGGCGCCCAGUCGGGAGGAGGCGGCGGCGGCGGCUGCAAGAGCUGCACCUACAAAGGCUGCAGCGAGACCACCACGCAAGUGGCCAAGCAGCGCAAGCCCUGGAUGUGCAAGAGGCACCGCAACAAGAUGUACAAGGACAAGUACAAGCGCAAGAAGAGCGACCAGGCCUUGGGGGGCGCUGGAAGUGGCGGGGGCGGAGCAGGAGGAGGCGCCCCUUGCUCGGCCACAGCUGCUGCUGCGGCCGCCGCCGCCGCCGCGCAGGCUGGAGCUGGGAUCUCUCCCGGAGGCAGCGGGAGAAUUGAGGUGAGGAGAGGGGCACGGGGAAGCCGCUGAAAAGAGCUUAUUUCUGGAGUUGGGAUGCUGGGAAUCAGAGAAUCGUAGAGUAGGAAGGGACCCCCAAAGGUCCUCUAGUCCAACCCCCUUCAAGGCAGGACUCCCAGCUCAAGUAUCCAUCUGACCUCCGCUUAAAAGCCUCCAAGGAAGGAGAACCCGCAGCCUCCCGAGGGAGACCGUUCCGCUCUCGAACAACUCUUCACUGUCAGAAAGUUUCCCUAUGUUUAGUCAGAAUCUCCUUUCCUGUAACUUGAAGCCAUUGAUAUGAGUGCUCCAGAAAAAGGACAAAACAAGCUUGAUCCCUCUUCCUCGUCGCACCUACACGCAGGCUGUUUUCUGUCGUGAGGUGUGUAAAGCAGGAAAAUGAGUUCUUUCCCUUUAUGCACAGCAGUGGAGCUGUAGUAACAUCACUGGCCCUUGAACAUGAGCAACCAACUCAGGGAUGGGAACCUGUGGCCUUCUAGAUGUGGCAGGACCGUGGCUAGAAUGAUCAUUCCUUAUACCAGCUGGCUGGCUGCCUGUGAUGGCAGGGGGAGGCUGUGAGCACCUGGGGGACCACAGGUUCCUCACCCCUGUUCUAAGACUAAGUAUAUUUUGAGGUGCUGAAAUAACUUCAGAAUGCCGUUUUUGUGGUUGCAUUUUUUAUAUAUAUACCAUCUCCGUGACAACAUUGCUGCACUGGUGCUUUGCCCACAGGUUAGCUUGCACAUAGUUUUCUUUGUUUAUUUGUUUAAACAUUUAUGCGUCACUUAAUACCACGUAUCAGAAUAGCUUAAAAAAACCAUACUACAUAUUUAAAACAUAAAUUAAAACAUCAGAGUACAUCACUCAGGGGGUGUUGUUGUUAUUGUUGUCGUUAUAUAUUUUGUGUUUUUGUACUACAAACCGCCCUGUGAUCUUUGGAUGUAGGGUUUGUAGAAGUUUAAUUAACAACAACAAUAUUAAUGGUGCAAAGACUUCCUGAACAACAACAACAACAACAUUAUUAAUGGUGCAAAGUCGCCCUGAAAUAAAACAGUUGCUAACUUGGACCCCGAAGUUUAGGAAGGGCAGUGCCUGCCUGAUUUCUAAUGGUAAUGAGUUCCAUCGUUUUGGGCCUAUUAUUACACUGAAAACAUGUCUCCUCAUUGACAAGUGUUCUGAUUUUUUAGUUUUUCAGAGUCCGACCUACACAUUACAGCCAGCUUGGAACUGAUGUGAAACAAUCUGUCAUGCCUUCCAUGAAACAAAGUGGGGAAUUUUUAAAGGCUGCUAUGACAUUUUUGUCACAGAUCUCUGUUAGAGCUCUUUACCUUUGUCUCAGAAUUCAUUAUUUGGCAGCCAUCAUGAUUAAAAACAAAUUUUAGCUGAUUUAAAUGUAUAAUGCAUGGGUCAGCAAACUUUUUCAUUAGCUGGCCAGUCCACUGCCCCUUAGACCUUGUGGAGGGCUGGACUAUAUUUUGAAAAAUAUAAAUACCCUGCAAGCCGGUCGCACAGCUGCCUCUGGACCUGGAGGAGGAACACAGUCUGCACGCACUCAGGAGCGCGUCUUGGCGCUGCCCACAUGCUGUGGCCCAUCGUCCAAGGCCACGCACACAGAGCACCGGGUAGGCAGCAUGCAGCUUGCCGUCCAGCUGCUCCAGCGCAGCUGCCAAGCGCGCCACCAGCAGCAGUGCCAGGCACGGGCCAGCAGGCACUCCCAAGUUCUGACUGAAGCCCUGCAACGCACCCGUCACGAUGCCCAUGGCGUGGCCCAGACCCGCUGGCCGCCCGUCAGGCUCUCUGGGUUUACCUCAGCACGUGGGCAGCGAGGCUUUGGAGGAACCUCCUGCAGCCAAUCCAAAGCCACACCAGCAUCGCCGCCUGCCCAGAGCUGUCCACAGCUUUGGAUUGGCUGCAGGAGCUUCGCAGCCAAUCUGAAGCUACGCCAGCGUCACCGCCCACCCAGAAGCCAUGCCAGCGUCACGGAAGUCAGUCCCUGUGCGGCGAGGCAUCCACAGCACACGGGGACUGACUGAGCGGGCAGCAGGGUCCACGGGCUGGAUUUACAGCCCCCAGACUGUAGUUUGCCGACCCCUGCUAUAAUGUAAAUCUGUCGUUAGUUACUCUUGCCAAGAAACAUUAUUAAUCAUCUGCUUUACGAUAAUUGUGUGUCAGUGUCAUAAUAAUAGCUGAGAGUUGUAUCCAAUUGCCACUCAGUUGUUUCCAUCAAUAGGAUAGGGAAGGAAGCAAUUUUUAGCUUCCCCAGUAGUCAGCACUAAAUUGCACUGUGUUCAUAAUUUUUCAGGAAAAGUCAUUGAGAAGUCUUGUAUUGAAACUUCCCAUUAGUGCUUUCUAGUGAGAGUAAGUACAUUUCCCCCCUCUGUUUCUUUUUGUGGUCAGGAUUGCACUGAAAGUUCAGUUUCCAUAUCAAAGCAAAGAACAGGAAACAUUGGUGAUCGGCCAGCAAAACCUACACUUUUGGAACAAGUGUUGAACCACAAAAGACUGGUAAGUGCUUCUGGCCUUUGAAAUAGAAAGUGUCCAGAGGAUUCCUGCAUCAUGAUGAUGAUAUUUAAAAAGGCCGUUCAUAUGUUGAACAUAAGUGAUCAUGUUUUCUCUUGGCACAUCCUCUGUACCACUUUUUUAGGCCCUACAUGCAGAACUUAAAUCCAGCUCAUGAGAAUGCUGAAUGCAUCAAAUGAAGAGCAGAGGGCCUUAUCUUUUGGUGCCUGGUUAGGUGUGUUGCAUGCUCACCACCUCUAUUAUGGUGGGAGGUGGGAGGUGUACUUUGGCUCUAAGACAUCCUUGCAUACCUUGUACUCGGUGUGUGGAAGGGGAAGAUUGCAGACAUUGCCUAAUUUGGUGUCUUUUGUCUUUUUUUAGUCACUUCUGAGAAGUCCAGAAGUUGUACAUUUUCUCCAGAAACGACAGCAGCUACUAAGUCAACAAGCAUUGGAGCAAAGGCAGCAACAGUUUCCAGGAGCACCAGUGUGAGGAUAGGAAUGUAGUUCAAAUACCCUCAGCUCAGUUUCAUGUUGGAAUGGUGGAUGAAGGAAAGAAGUUGACUAACAGAGGCCUACAAGCUGCUCUAGCUGUUUUAUGCUGUGGUUUUACUUUCUAUUGGACAAGUAAGAAAACCUAUUUGGUUUCCCCCCCAGAAUUUAUUUAUUUGUAAUUGUUUUUGUUAGCUUUGAUACAUCUUCUCUCCGUCCACUGAAACCUUCUGUUAAUAUUUUGGAAGCCAAGUUUUAGUGUUCUGGGAGAGAGAAAUUUAAUAGAUCAAAUAAAAACCAAUUUAAUUAUUUUAAUGUUUUACUAUGUGAAAUUUGUUAAUAUCUUGCAUAAAGUUAUUCUUCGAUGACAGUCAUUGAAAAAGCAAUACUUACUUUCUAUGGAAGUUUUAAAUUGUAAACUUUGAGCCAAUCUAGUAGCCUCUGUUGCUCAGGGAUGUAGGAGAGGGGAAUGCUGGGCUUACAGCUUUGUGAGGGAAGUUCAGCAAGAUUUGGCCCACCAUUCUAACACUGGUGUGACAUUUGACACUCUGGCCAAUCUAGUUGAUCAGUUUCUAUAUUGCAUUAUAAAAUAAUGUAUACUCGGUUGGUAUUAAUUUCAUGAGCAUUUUUGUAAACAUGAUUUAAGUAUUAGUGUGAGUAUUGCAGUAUAUUACUGACAUGAUUCAUAAAGAGGCAUCCAUUUGAGCUUAUUUAUAUUAAUUUUAUAUUUUUAAUGACUUGUUUACUAAAGAACACAAAUUGUUCAUACAAGGAUACGUUAAGGUAUCAGUUUUGUAUCUUUGUAAUUUUCAGGCUAUUUUUGAACGUGUUCAAGGAUUUUUUGAAACUUUUUGAAAAAUGUCAUUUAAGUUAACUUUUGUACAUCAGAUUUUUAAAGCAUUUUAAAACUGUACAUAUUGUAUAUAAUUGGUGUCCUGUUCUUUCAUAGCAAUUUCCUGACUAGUUAUUGAUAAGCUGAAGUAAGUGUGUGUUUUCUAGGCUACUGUUUUUAGAGAAAGAACUCUAAGCUGUGUUGAGAGAUCCAGAUAUAAAAGAUAUGUCGCUUGUCUGUUCUUUCAUUUGCAAAUUAAAUGUUUUCACCUUGACUUGCAGUUUUCAAUUCUGCAUGAAGGAAAUUAACUGUUGUUCACAGUAACCUUCCUUGUCAGAUUUAUUAUAUCAUGGGGCACCUAACUGAGUCUAGUGCAGUAAAAUAUGAAUGAAAUAUUCCAGCAUUUUGCUAGGAGUGCUAAUCUUAGCUCAUCAAAAGUGGCAUUAUCUACCUUGCAAUUGUAUCGUACAAGAUAAACUGCUCUUGUACUUCAUAUAACUAGGCAUAGGCAAACUCGGCCCUCCAGAUGUUUUGGGACUACAACUCCCAUCAUCCCUAAGAGGACCAGUGGUCAGGGAUGAUGGGAAUUGUAGUCCCAAAACAUCUGGAGGGCCGAGCUUGCCUAUGCCUGAUAUAACCCAUUGUACUGAGUGAGGAUUUCUGUCCACAUGCCCCUUGCAAUCUUGCAAUCUCCUACAGUUAGUGCAAGGUGUCGUAAUAGAAGCAACUUUGGAGCUAACAAAGCAAAGAAGCUUUAGGAAAGACAACAUUUAUUAGGAGACUAUCUGAGAUCAGAUGUGCACAUAAAAAGGGUACUUGGUCUGGAAGCUGUCAGAUAGAUGGAAAUAUAUACCUCAGAGUUCAGUUGAAAAUUGUAAUACAGAUGUGAGAGGAUCAUUAUGCAAUUAUCAUAUUUGAAGUGGUGCUAGGCAUACCGAGUUGACAAGAUUAAAAUAAACCUUUCUUUUGAACAUACAAUUGAAUACUUCUUACCUAUAGUGUACAGUGAUGUGCCCUGCCCUAGAGAAGUAUAUGCACUCCAAACAUGCAAUAGUUAAUUUGUACAGACACACCUCUAUUAACUGCAAAGAUGGAAGCAAAUGUCCUAUACAUAAGAAAUUGAUGGGCAAACCCUUGUGUGCAUGGAAGCUAUGGGUACAUUCAGUGCCUGCUAAAAACAUUCUUGUUUAGACAAGCCCACCCAGAUGCUUAGACAGUUGAGGUGAUUAUGUUUUAGUGUGUUAGCUUUUGUAUGUUUUGUAGGAGGAUUGUAUUUUUUUCUUGAUUUUCUUGUCUUUUUUUGUAAGCUGCUUUGAGGUUUCUUACAAAUGGUGUUUUAUUUGGGGGGGGGGUAUAACCAGUGCUAAAAAUCAUGCUGAAAGAAGCACUGGCUGUCAAUGUAGCUAAUCUAUAUGGAUAUAGAAACAAUGUAAAUCUCACUACAAAUUAGGUUUGUAUGGAUUUGUUUCCAAUAAUAUGACUACUGCCAACCAUCAUAUUGGUAGUAUGGAGAGUGAACUGGCCAGGGUUUUUUUCCCUGAACUGGUGCCAUGUGCAGCUAUUUUUCAUUCAUUUUUUUUUAAGCCUGUUUAAUGAAUUCAGCCAUAAUGCAGUUCAAGUAGCUUUUGUUAUAUUAAUUCUUUUGAGAAGUCUGAGUUGUUCCAGCUUCAUGUGUUGUACUUGCUUUUUGACAUGUUCACCCUUAAGUGACAGGUGCAUAUUUUUGGUUUGUAUGUAGCAAUGUUAAUGGGAAAUAAAAGAGCACAUUCAAGCUUGCCAAAUGAUUAGUAGGUAUGAAAACGAAUAUGAAUUCUAAAGCUAUUUUGUUCAUUUAUGCUGGACACACAAGAAUUGGGCUGUUUUUUAUGUUUGUUGUUGAGUGCCACCUUAUUGCCACUUCACUUGGAGUAGCUGUUUAUCAGAAUUUAAACAGAUCGUCUGAACUAUCAAGAAACCUGUUUACUCUUGUCAUGUAAAUUUGAAAAUUAAGAGUUUGAAUUUGUAUACAAGUUUUGAUGAGGCUCUUGAAGCACAGAUAUAGUAAUGUCAUUAUAAAGACUUCAUGCACCUCAGAAUGAAAUUUUAUAGCACUACAAACAAGAUAAGGAUUGAACCGAUCUUUCACUAGGGCCUUUGAGUGGAAAAGUAUACUUUGUGUUUGGUAUAAGGAAGAACUUACCUGUUACUUUGCCUACAUGAAUGUCAUAAAUUGUGUUCUAUACUGUCCUAGAGCAAAAUUACUUUACAUGCGGAUUAAGCAAAUUUGCGGAUGGUGGUGUUAGUGUGUCAGCUCCGAAAGAUGGAGAGGCCAGUUUGGCCUUAGCAACCCUCUGAACAACAGUGAUAAGGUAUAAGCAAAUUGUCAUUAUAGUUCUUUGUAUUUUCUCUUUAAUGGCACCCUUCUGCUUCUGUAGCUCCAUUUUAUUUUGUUCUGAGUUGCUCCUACUCUAAUUCUGCUGUUGACCCAUUUAUUGGUAUGUUACUGCUUUUCAAACGGAAUAAACUUCUUUCUAAAAAUUUGUCAACUCUAGACAUGAAAAUAAAGCUGCUGCACUUAUUUAUAGAGUAACUUUAUUAACAGUAAAGACAAAAUUUUAUCACUGGUACAGCAGGGCAAUUCUAGCCAACAAAAUUAAGUUGUUCUUGACAGCAUGUCAAAUUUAUUCACUGGCCAGCCUUUAAACAAGAAGCUAUAGGAAACAAACAUCUGCUUUUUUACUCAACUAGUCUAACUGCCCACAGUGACAGUAGAGCUUUUCAGCGCCUGUUUACAGAUUUGAGAGUGGUUUUGAAUUCUGGGGUUAAACAAUGUUAGACUAACACUGCAAUUGUGUAACACUCAACAGUAAGCCCUACUGAAUUCCAUAGGGCUUAUCUCUAGGUAAGUGUAAAGGACUGUGUUUGGGCAUAGCAGCUGCCAUAUCAGUUUCCCUGCCAUUCUUCUGUGGGUAGGGACAUUUUUUCUUCCUCCUUUCCACUUUAGUCAGUGAGGGUGUAGUGUCCCUCCAUUUGUUUGUUUGUUUGUUUGGGAAACAAAGGAGCUUUGGGCACAUCUUUAUGGCUGCCCCUAACAUAACCUGUUUCCCCCUACUCUAUUGGUAGAACAUUUUGUGUUGGUGGAACUUUGCAUUGGUAUAUUAGGGGACUUCUUCCCGCAUUUCAUUUUACAGAGGUAUCUCUGUUCCUGCUGGUGGAGCAGCACUUUCUCUGUUUCCCAAGGCCCCUAAGCCAGCUUUCAGAGAGGUUGGGAUUACUCCCUUAAAACUCCUGAGGCAAAGUUACUUAGGAGCACUAUAGUCAACAUUGUAGAGCUGUCUGCUGCAACCUGUCUGCAAGAACUAGAACAUUUCUUGUAGCAGCUUUUGAUCUGGCUGUUAUAGUGAUGGAGGACACUGCAGAAAGAAACCAAUCAGAGAGAACAAUUUAUAUUGCAUUGUUUUCCAGCCGCUAUUUCACAUUCAACUUGGACUAUGACUAUUGGGUGUCAAAAAUGAAACCUUUGCAAAGCCACAUGAAUAGGUAGGUGAGUUUAUGUCUGGGGUGUUAGUAUGCUUUAAUUUACCCAAAAAGUGAAUUGUGGUUUCUUCCUGCUUCUCUAGAUUAAAUAUCAGACGUUAGUAGUAUGUACUCGGACUCAUAAGUAUCAUGUAUACUUGAGUACACCUACUUAAACCUUCCAAAAUAGUUACAAAUCUCAUAUCCUGAAUGAAGAUAAGCUCUCUGGCAAUUAUCUAUCAGUAUAUAGUUGUUUACUAAUCAAAGGAUACUGCGGCAGGAAUGAAAUUCUGCUACAAGGAAGAUGGAUUUGUUACAGAUAGCUGUCAUAUGUAACUGAUUAAUUUAUUUACACCUUAUUUGUGAUUGUUUUACUCUCAGUCGAGAGACAAAAUCAGGGGAAACAAUUAAAUGUUCUGCACGUUAAAAAUAUUCACAAAUAACAGUCUAGAUUCAAGUUAUAGUAAGGGAAGCACCACCAAAUCCACAAGACAGAUUAAUAUCCAGUGUUUUGUUUUUAAACCUAUACUCCACAGGGUAAUGUCUGAAGGAGCAAUAAUGGUCUCUUUAUAUUUGGGUAGCUAUUAACAUUACAAACCACAGCUGCAGCUGUACCUCAUUGGGCCCAUUAAACACUGGCUGCUGUUGUUAGUGCUCUCACCCUAUGCACUUGCUAUAUUUUAGGGUCACUAAUAGGCGGAGAAUGCCUGACUGGGCGGAAGCUCACCUAGUCCCUAUUUCCCGAAGAGCGAUGCAAGAAUGUCCUUUCCCCUCCUUUAGUGCUAUGGGCAUAAGCUACAGAAGUGUCUCUGUUUUAUUGUAAGCCUGAUACCAUGCUUAGCAAAGUUAUUUUUCCCCUUAGUAUUUUGGACAACUUAAGUCAAAGUCUUCAAGGAUGAGAGAGAUAUUUGUUCUUUGGCUUGUGUUUGUACAGUGUCUCUUCAGGGGAUUGAAUUGACCAAUUUAGUGCAUCCAGGAUUCUGGGUCACCUACUGGAGGCACCAGCCUUUUCUGGCUCCUCACCCAAAUGUAUAGCAUAUGGAAAAUAUGAUCUGCAGAAUCCUUUGUGGUGUUAUUAGUAAAGGGAUUCCUGGAAACAGUUCAGUGAAGGUAUUGAUUACUUAAGAGGGAUGCUUUCUCUAUUCAGAUGCAUGGUUGUUUACACACUCAGCCAGCCUAAAGAAUCUCCCAGAAAAGUCAGGCACACACAGCAUUUAAUAAAUUACAAAACAAUAAUUAUACAAAUACACAUUAUGAGCAACGUUUCUCAAUUUCCUACAUUCUCAAAGCAAUUUUGCUUGUCAUGUUAGAUGUAUGGGUUUAGUAUUGAAUAAUUCAAUAUAGGAUUGACUUAUGCAUAUUUCACAAUGUUUCAAAUGAAGUCGAUGAAAAUUGUCAAAUUGCAUAAAAUUACAUAUUCUUGAAAAUUAGUGUUGCACAAGAAAAAAAUAAAACCUCUAUUCGGUAAGUUAGGAACAUUUAUAUAGUAACAUUUUCUACAUGUCCACUUGGAAGCAAGUGUCAUGUAGUUAAUUGGGAUUGCCUUCCAGCUGUGUAUAAAACUGCAGCCUUAAUAAGCUUUUCUGAUACUAAUUACAACCUUGAAUAAGUCAGGAAGCUUUAUUAGACUGAGCUUACUAUGCUUAGUAAGUUCCAUUCGUAAGACUGCAGUUUUAUUUGUAUAUAUCUGAGUAAGCACCACUGAAUUUAGUGGGAUUUAGUUCUGAGUAUCCAAAUAUGGGAUUUGACUGUAAAAUUCACAUAAACCAAAGGAAAUAAUCUAUAUAGUGUGAUGAUUGCAGUCCAGUAUGCAUCUUUUAAUGUCUACAUUUGUGACUUUGGGAGGAAGACUUAAGAAGCAUCUCUUAAGGUUUUCACCAUGAGCUUGUUCCCACAAUUGGCUUAGGCAAAAUGAAGUACUAUUUCCACAGAUAGUUAACCUACAGCAUUUGCUGCCACACCACGAGGGGAUGGACUGUAGAAAUGGCUUUUUUAAAUGCUUUGGAUAGGGUGAUCAACAACUAUUAGCCACGGGGCACUCAGCAUAGGACUCUGAGCCAAAAGGCCAGAGCUCCACUCAUCAAAAUUAGCAGAAAGUGCAACACAAGGCUGGUUGACCACAUUUUGAAGAGACCCUCUGGUAAGAUCACUUUAAGUAAGUAACAUGCAUUGCUAGCUUUUUUAAAAAAAAAAAGCCCACUCAAGGAGAUCAUUCCCCAGAGUCCAAAACUGCCAACUGUACUGUUGAAUGAAAGCAGUAUGGUUAAAGGCAGUAUGUCUCUGAACAGCAACAAACGACAGAGGAAGACUGUCUUCAUGUCCUUUGAGGACAUCCUGGAAAUAUCUGCCGGAUCACAGUUGGAAACAAGAUACUGGACUAGAUUAUACUUUUGGCUCGAUGCAACAGAACUCCUUGCAGUUAGUUGAAGAACCUGUCUUUACUCAUGGUACAGGUCUGCCCAUGAAAACUGACAUAUGCUCAUUGUUCCAUACAACGUUUCAGAUACAAUUACCUCUUGGUUAAAAACUAUGGUCUGGUAAUCUCUGUCUAGGAAUCCUUCAUUUUAGGCAGUGGGAUGAGAUGCUUCUGAUCACAGCAGUUCAUUAUGUGGGAGUGUGCCCCAAAGGCUGUGGCUCAGCACUUCAUUUCUACAGUGUACAGGUUUCAAACCUGGAUGAAGGGCACAUAUUCUGACCCAACGAUCCCAGCUGUGUGUGGCUAGCUGUGGUUACUGGUAGCUGCAGGUAAGCAAUCUUUUCAAAUGCAAAAAAGAAAGAAAAAAAGCCCUCUGCUUUAUUACUCAUAAAACAAUGUUUAUGCUUCACCACCACAUGAUCCAGCCAACAUUAUCCUGUGAUAUCAUUAACAUUUUACCUGCAUCAUUUAUGCAUGACAAGUUUAAUUUUUUACUCCAGCAAAGCUAGUUCACUGAGCCAUGCAGGCAACUUAAAACCUGAGAAUAAAAGGCCUAUUAGGCCGCCUUAUAUUCACUAGGAAUAUGCAAUGAACACCAGUAAAAUACUAGCAGCACUUCAUUCACUACCUUCCUGUGAGAAUUAUUUUGCACGUAAUUUCUUAAUAGGAAAAUGGCAGGCCUGAACACUAGGAUACAUUAAAAAAUAAUAAUGACACUCAUAGCUCCACAAUGAUAAAAGAUUUUCCACAAGAGGCUUCGAUGUGUUUGGAAUUGUUGACACACAUAACUGCCUCAAAACAUGACUUUUCCUUAAACUGGCCAUCGAUAAAUAGCUUUUCUAGUAAAUGGCUUUUAAAUCUUUCAGGCAGCACAUCUCAACAGAUGGCAUAUUUAUGAGAACAUUGAAAGGCUAUAAAUGUUAUACUGGUUGAUAACUUGGUACAAAAAGUACUAUUUAAAGGGGCCAUUUCUAUAUGAAGAGCCGGAACUGAAUAUUGAAGGAAAUGGUCUGGUCCCCGUCUCUCUCCCCCCCCCCCCCCCACUGUGGCAGUAAUUAGUUUAUUUCUAUGUGCUGGGUUCAGUUACUUCUGCUCUUUGUGGCUGAACAGAGCCUCUGACUUAGAAGCUAAGGAUGAUUUAAUAGUCAUUAACUGUCCAUUAUUAGAAACAUUGAAAAUUAAGGAUGCUGGCAGUUCAGUGAUAUUUCAGAGUCUGUGCUCCUAAUUACCACUGCUGUCAUGUGCUACACAGCUUCUGGAAGGUGCAAAAAGAACACUCAUUUGAUUCUUAGCGCAGCAAGUGUAAGAAGAUACCCAAAAAACAAAAACAAACCUGCACUAAUUAGACUGUGAAACAAGUAACCUAGAUACUGUUUGGUGAGAGAAAGAAUCUUCCAUGUUUGCAUCAAACACAGGAAACGAUGAAGUUUCUAUCUUUUAAAGCAAUAUGCAUCCUGCCAUUUUUUAAACAUCUUUAUAUAGGCGCACUUUUUUUGAGGUAGAGACAAGCAAUCCUAGGUAUAACUAAUCCUGUCUGAAGAUGCUACGUCAAUGAGGUGCACUCAUAUGACACCAUUAAAUGUUGUCCAUAUCUAUUUUUCUACUCGUGUACAUUUUGAUAUCUUGUUUCGUUUCUCCUAUUCCCUCAAAAUCCUGAUGAGCAGCAGAGAUGCAUAUUUGUAGCAAGAGCAGUCUGUCCAAUUCAGAAAGAUGUAGCUAACUGACAAUGAAAUGCAAAAAAAUAAUAGACUGUGACAAAUGAAUAUAGAAGAAGAGAAGAAGAGUUUGGAUUUGAUAUCCCGCCUUUCACUCCCCAUCAGGAGUCUCAAAGCGGCUAACAUUCUCCUUUCCCUUCCUCCCCCACAACAAACACUCUGUGAGGUGAGUGGGGCUGAGAGACUUCAGAGAAGUGUGACUAGCCCAAGGUCACCCAGCAGCUGCAUGUGGAGGAGCAGAGACGCGAACCCGGUUCCCCAGAUUACGAGACUACCGCUCUUAACCACUACACCACACUGGCUCUGUAUCUCCUACCCACUGGUAGGGGAUAACCACACUUCAGGGUUGCCGGAGCUACUUUUUUUCUAAAACCCCAUGAUCUACUAGUCAGAGCCAGGUGCAAAAAACACAAGUUCCUGUCUGAACACAUUUUGAGCCCAGGAAUUUGUUUUAGGUACCAGAAAUGAACUGAGCUUGCAGUCCUUUCCCAUAAAAGUCUACUCCUUGUUAGCUUUCUCCAUGUCCCUUGUUGAUCUACUGCCUAUCGCCCCAAGAUCUAUUAGCAGAUCCUAAUCUACUUUCUGCCCACCCCUCAAUUACAGCCUUUUAAAUCUUUUGCAUUUCACUAUUAUGUUAAUUCUCCCUUUCACAUACACAAAAAUGCAGAAUUGGACAUUUUAUGUGAAAAAAGUUAACUAGAGAAUUCAAGGAAGGAGCUACAUAUUACAGUAAGCAAGAAGCAGUUACCAGAAACAUUUAGGGC